AAAUUAGAAUUUUUUUUGGAAAUGAAAUAGCCGUUAGUCCCGCUUGGGUUACUUUCAAAUUCAAAACACCUUUCUGCAACACCCUCUUCUUCCUAUUUUAAAACACACACACACACACAUUCUCUCAGCUUUGUUCAUCACAGCUCAAGAUUCUCGUCGAUAAUGCCAACAGUUCAAUCUCCGAUCACAGGAAACCCUCUAGUCCGGCCAAAAACCGGCAGACAGCCUCUUAAACCGAUCAGAUCCCCGUCGAAUGUACAUCCUCCACCGUCUGGAAACACCUACCAAAAGCCAAAUCUAAAGCAUGGAUGGAUCGAGAUCUCUGAAGAUUCUAACAAGGAGAAUCCUAAUCAGAAUGAGAAACGAAAUAUUACUUCUAAUCUGGAUCCGAAUCUUUCUUCGAUCUGUGCUGUUUCUGUUGCUGCAGCUCCGGUGCAAAUCGAGGAAUUUGAAGUCUCGCUGGCUGAGGAACUGAAUGCCAUUCGGGAAAAGAUGGAGAGGUUGAGGUCCGACAGAGAGAAAACAGAGAAGAUGCUCAGAGACAGGGAGUUAAUGAUGGAGACGAAGAUGAAGGAGCUCGAUCAGAGAGGAGAGAUUCAGAAGGCGCUUGAAAUUGAAGUGGAUCGGCUUUAUAGAUUAAACGAGCUCAGAUCUUUAUGCAACAGGAUACUACCGAUCAAAUCAUUGAGAGAGAAGGAGCAUGAGAAGAUCAAACCAGAUAAAUCACAGGCGACGGAAGAAGAAAAGGUCAGAUCGUUGAGAGAGAAGGAGAAGACCAAACCAGAUAAACCCCAGGGGGGAAAUGCUGAAGAAACUGAAGAAGAAAAGGUGACAAGUCCUUGUGGGGUAAAUGAUUCGAAGAAUUGAAAUAAUUAAGUUGAAGUUUUGCUUUUGGAUUUUUGGUUUGUUGUUGGGGUCAAAAAGGAAAAAGUGGGUAUAAUUCCUUGUUGUAUUCAUUGAUUGAUAUUGAAAAAUAGUAGAAGCAUGUGUGUCGUCAUAAUUGCAAA